AUGGCGUCCUGUAAGGAGAAAGCAAAAGUAGCUGAGAGCAUGACAGAGCCAAACUGGCUUGAACUUCCCAUAGACUUGACAAAGAACAUACUCCAAAGACUUGAUACGGUUGAUAUUGUGACAAGUGCACAUAAUGUUUGUCCUCUUUGGAGGAACAUUUGCAAUGACCCUCUGAUGUGGCGUACCAUUCACAUGAUUGGCAACAUUUCUCGAUUUGAUCGUUUGGAAUCUGAGAAGAAGCUUCGUCGCCAUGUCAGUGGUACCAUUCUUUUUGGCAACAUUUCUCGAUGUGAUUUUCGACGUUUGGAGUCUUUGGAGAAGAUUUGUCGCCGUGCCAUUGAUCUAAGCUGUGGUCUUGUACUGGAAGACAUUGCUAUUGAGUCAUUUGGGACCGAUGACCUCCUCAAGUAUAUAGCUCAUAGGGCUGGUCACAUAAGGCGAUUACAAAUAAGUUGUUGCAUACAAAUUUCUUGUAAAGGGAUAAGGGAAUUUGUGAAGGAGUAUCCACUACUAGAGGAACUUACCAUUGAAAUGAAAAUGAAGAAUACUAACUUUAUUGUCGACUGUGAAGAUGAUGAAUUUCCUAUAGCUAAACCAAUGCCCAGAUUACGCCAUCUUAAAAUUUUUGGAAUUUUUCUUAACGAUGUUAAGUUGGAGGCUAUUCUUGAUUGUUGCCCUCUGCUUGAAUCUCUUGAUUUGUGUAUGUGCAUUUGUGAUUCUUUUAGUCCAAGUGUGAGCAAAAGGUUCCAUGAGAAGAUUAAGUAUUUUCAACCUCCAUAUCAAAUAAACGAUGGUGAUGAUGAGCACGUGGAGUUGGAGAUUGACGAUGAUAGUGAUGACUGA